AUGACGCAGUCCAAACACGAUAUCGGGGCUUUGAGAGCUCAGUUUCCUGCUUUACAGCAAAAGCAAGUCUUUUUGGACAACGCUGGGGGUAGCCAAAUCCUAGGCGCUGCUGCCGACUCGUAUGCCAAGCACUUGGGGACAAUGAUACGGGAUUAUUUGAUCACUUCAAAUGUGCAAAUGGGCGGCUCCUAUGACGCGAGUCAGACAGCAGCCAAGAAAGUUAACAAGGGUUAUGAAGCAGGUUCACGCUAUAUCAAUGCUCUACCGGAUGAGAUCGUUUAUGGCGCCUCUUCCACUCAACUUCUGCGUAACCUAGCGCUCGGGCUCACAUUCGCAGAAGGCGACGAAAUUAUCGUAUCGGCCCUCGACCACGAAGCCAACAUCGCGCCAUGGCUUGAUCUCGCAGAACGACAGGGGCUAGGUAUAAGAUUUUGGAAUCCAGAAGGGCAUGAUAACAACCCAAAACUUACAGUUGAGAGUCUCAAGCCAUUGCUGUCCAACAGGACAAAGUUUCUGGCUUUUACUCACACUACAAAUCUUCUUGGCUCCAUCCAUGACGUAAAAGCCAUCACGACGGCUGCUCAUGAGUAUCCUAACGUCCUUGUCUGCGUGGAUGGUGUUGCUUAUGCCCCCCAUCGUUCAGUCGACGUGAAAGAUCUUGGAGUCGACUUUUACUGUCUCUCAUGGUAUAAAGUCUUUGGUCCUCAUAUUUCCAUGCUAUACGCCAGUCGAGAGGCUCAGAAGGAGAUUCGGCCUUUAUGCCAUUACUUCAAUCCCUCGGAAACUCUGUCCGACAAAGCAUCGUUUGCUGCUGGAAGCUAUGAGCUGAUAGCGAGCAUUCCUACCGUUGUAGAUCACAUAUCCGAACAUGGCUGGGAAGGCAGCGUCAAGCAAGAGACACAGAUCCAAACCAUGCUACUCGAUUAUUUGUCGAAGCGAGAGGAUAUCACUAUCUAUGGAGAACCCCGUGCUGAUGCGGAAAGCCGGGUACCUAUUGUUAGCUUCACUGUUGAAGGGUGGAACUCGCGAAGUGUUGUGGCGGCGAUUGAAGCCAACUCCAAUAUUGGCUUGAAGCACGGCCACUUCUAUUCCCAUCGGUUAAUCACAGAAGUCCUAGAUUUGGAUGCCGCGGAUGGUGUUGUGCGAGUGAGCAUGGCGCACUACAAUACUCGCGAAGAGAUUGAGACGGUGAUCUCGACGUUGGAGGAUGUGAUUGUGAAGAAAUCUCAAGUAGGCAAAAACGGAAAAUGA